UGCUGAAAUCCUCAAAUCUCAUUGUCUCCAUAAAAAUUCUCUGAAAUCUCCAUUUAGCAUUCAAAAUGUCAGGAAGAGGAAAGGGCGGCAAGGGAUUGGGAAAGGGAGGAGCGAAGCGCCACCGUAAGGUCCUCCGUGAUAACAUCCAGGGAAUCACGAAGCCUGCAAUUCGUCGUUUGGCUCGAAGGGGAGGAGUCAAGCGUAUAAGCGGCUUAAUAUACGAGGAAACCCGUGGUGUUUUGAAGAUCUUCUUGGAGAACGUGAUUCGGGAUGCCGUCACCUACACCGAACACGCGAGGAGAAAGACUGUUACUGCUAUGGAUGUGGUUUAUGCGCUGAAGAGGCAGGGCAGGACUUUGUACGGGUUUGGGGGUUAGAUGAUUUAGGGUUUAGGCUUCUACAAUGGGAGUGAU